CGAACCGGUUCAAUUUUGACACGGUUUACUCUCUUUGUUGACACUCGUUGAAGAGAAUAAAAUUCGCACAAGUCAAUAAGUAGGUAGUUGAAGAUGUGGUCGAGCAUUUCAAAAUUUCUUAAAACCUCAUCGGCACGAUCUCCUUUUGUCAAAUUGACGGAGAAAGGAAAUUUGGGUAUCAUCACUUUAGAUAGACCUAAAUCUUUGAACGCAAUAAAUGGCGACAUGUAUAGAACUUUGUAUGCUCUUUUGCGAGAGUUAGAGAAGAAAAAAACUCACAUUGUCAUUCGAGGUGCUGGUGAAAAAGCAUUUUCUGCAGGAGGGGAUGUUAAGGAAGCUUCUGAUAAUAGCAAGGAAGGUUUUCCAAAUAGCGUCAGUAUUUUUCACACUAUGUACCGGGGCUAUGACUUGAUUUCGUCUUAUAAAAUUCCUUACAUUGCUAUUAUGGAUGGCAUUACUAUGGGCGGUGUUUCAGCUUUUAGUGUCCCUGCUCGCUAUCGAAUUGCGACAGAAAGAACAACUUAUUCAAUGCCUGAAACUUCUAUUGGCUUUAUUAAUGAUGCUGGGGCAAGUUAUUUCUUAUCUAGAUUACGAUUCAAUUAUGGAAUUUAUAUGGGAUUGACUGGGGCAAGGAUUUCUGGCUAUGAUGUCAAGAAAAUUGGAAUUGCUACUCAUUUUGUGGAAAGUAAGAGACUUGAUGAUUUAAGCAAAGCAUUAAAAGAAUGCACGAAUGACCAUGAAAUUGGAAAGUCCAUUGCAAAGUUCACAUCGGUUCCAUCUUCAAGCGAAACUGAGCUCGACUUAAUUACACCACAAAUUGAUAAAUGUUUCGAUGGUGAUACUGUUGAUGAAAUUUACGAGAAUUUAAAUCAUGAUGGAAGCAAUUGGGCAUUUGAUACAAUUCGUAUUCUUAAUAAAAUGUCACCUACUGCUUUGAAAGUCACUCAUCGCAACAUGGUUUUGGGUAAAAAAUCAUCUCUUCGUGAAUGCUUGGAACGAGAAUUCCGAGUUGCAAUCAAUCACGUUAUUAAAAGUGAUUUGCAAGAAGGCGUUCGAGCUAUAAGAAAGAUGAAAGUAUCAAAAUUUAUAAGACUUACUGAGAAGAAUUCUGCAGCAAUAAUACAAAUAAAUCGUCCCAAUGCACUUAACGCUAUAAAUGCAGAGAUGUACAAUAAUCUUUACAAUCUCAUCAAAUUGUUGGAACAUUCAAAAGAUGUCGUAAUCUUUAAGGGAUCAAAUAAACUUUUCAGUGCUGGUGGCGAUAUGAAAUCUUUAAGUACUGAGAUUACACGAGAUGAAUUUUCAAAAUCUUACAUUGACUUCUGUUUAACUUUUGAAUUGAUCACUUACUAUACGAAACCGUUCGUUGUUUUGGUUGAUGGUUUGGCUUUGGGAGGUGCUGCUACAUAUGCAAUACCUGGAAAGUAUCGCGUGUGUACUGAGAAUGCAAUUUUUUCAAUGCCUGAGACUGCUAUAGGAUAUUUUAAUGAUGCUGGUUCCAGUUACUUCUUAUCGCGACUUGAAAAUUCCUUCGGUGUAUACAUGGGAAUGACUGGGGUUCGCGUCAAAGGAUUUGAUAUGAAACUAGUUGGCUUAUCAACACAUUAUGUUGAAAGUAGUAAAUUAAAUCAGCUUGAAGAAUCACUCGUUAAUUGUAAAAAUCAUGAGGAUGUUGAAAGAGUUCUUGGCACAAGGCUUUUGAGUUCAUCAAUUAGGAAGUCUCCGCAUGUAAAACUGUACGAGUCUGGAUCGGCAGGAAUUGUUCAAUUAGAUCGACCUGAUGCAUUGAAUGCCAUUAAUUUAGACAUGUUUGUAAAUAUUUACCAACUUAUGAAAUCAUUGGAAGUGGAUAAGGACAUUGUAAUCUUCAAAGGAAGUGGGAAAGUUUUCUGUUCUGGUGGAGAUGUAAAGCAAGUUAUAACAAUGUCAACAGAUAUGACCAAAUUGGGCUACACAAAUGGCUUAAGAACCUUUGACUUAUUAUCAAAUUACAAGAAGCCUUUUGUACCGUUUGUCGAUGGGCUUGCCAUGGGAGGUGCUGCUUUGUAUUCAGUGACCAGUGAGAAUGCAGUUGCAACAGAACGAACAAUUUUUGCCAUGCCUGAAACUGCCAUAGGAUAUUUCAACGAUGCUGGUGCAACAUAUUUUUUAUCUCGACUGAAAAAUAAUUUCGGUGUAUACAUGGGAAUGACUGGAGCUCGUGUUAAAGGGUUUGAUGUUAAGAAAGUCGGAUUAGCAGGAUUUUUCAUCGAAAGUCAUAAACUGAAUGAAGUUGAAAAAUGUUUAAUUAAAUGCAAAUCGCAUGAUGAAGUGAAAGAAGUUUUGAAUAAAUUCUCAUCAGAUCCACAUUCAUCAUUAACUGAACUUGACAGAGUUUUACCAAACAUACAAAAAUGUUUCAGUGGAGCAUCCGUUGAAGAAAUUUAUGAAAAUUUAAAUAAAGACGGAAGCGAUUGGGCAAAGGCUACACUCAAAACACUCAAUAAAAUGUCACCAACAAGUCUUAAGGUUGUUCACCGUAGCUUUCUUCUAGGGAAGAAUUUGUCAUUGCGGGAUUGUCUAAGAAUGGAGUUUCGUCUGGUGUUACAUAGUCACAUUAAAAGCGAUUUUAAAGAAGGUGUUCGUGCAAUGCUUAUCGACAAAGAUAACAAACCAAAGUGGAGUCGAAAAACGAUUUAUGAUGUCACUAAAGAUGACGUUGACAGAUUUUUUCAACCAUCGCCUGAUGGUGACGAACUCACGUUCGAGACAAUUUCAAGAGUAUUCAGUUCAGGGAAUGUGUGCCGAAAUAUCAAAAUUCUCACACUCAUAGAGUUCAGUGGAUCAAAUGUUUGCCUCGGAAAGAAAAUGAUGUUCAAAUUUAAUGCUCGGUGCUUUUGCACAACUUCGAGAUUGAUAACGCCGUUUAUAAAGUUAUUGGAACCGGGAACUGCAGGCAUUAUCACUUUGAAUCGACCGAAAGAAGUUAAUGCGAUUAAUGAUGAAAUGUCUGAGGCAAUUUAUCACGCAUUGAGAGAAUUCGAGGAGACAAAGACUCAUGUGAUUAUUAGUGGUGCUGGUGGAAGAUCUUUUUGUAUUGGCCGUGACAUGAAAGACAUUUUAGAAAAUUCAACUCCAAAGACAAUGGAAAGAUUUCGCAAUGAAUUUCGAAGCUUUCACUUGAUAUCGAAUUAUAAAAGGCCUUUUAUCGCCUUAAUUGACGGUAUAAGUUUCGGUGGUGCUUGCUGCUUUUCAAUGUGUGGAAAAUACCGAGUGGUGACAGAAAGAACAACUAUUGCAAUGCCUGAGACUGGUGUUGGAUUUUUCGGAGGCUCUGGGUCGAGUUAUUUCCUUUCAAGACUAAGAAAUAAUAUUGGAAUUUAUCUUGCAAUGACCGGUGCCAGAAUUAAAGGCUAUGAUCUUAAAAAAAUCGGACUUGCAACUCAUUUCGUAGAAACAAAAAGUUUCAAGAAACUAGAAAAGCAUUUAGAAAGAAUUGACAGUUCAGAUGAUGUUGGAAGAAUGAUCGCAAGUUAUUCGACAAUUCCUAUGACAUUUGACUCACCAUUUGAUGAUUUAGUGCCACAAAUAGAAAGAUGUUUUGAAGGUGGAACAGUUGAAGAAAUUUAUGAAAAUCUUUCAAAAGAAAAUAGUCGAUGGUCGAAGGAAACAAUUCAAACCUUGAAUCUUAAAUCACCGACGAGUUUGAAAGUUUGUCAUCGGCAACUUUACUUAGGGAAAAUGUUGACUCUCUCAGAGUGUUUAAAAAUGGAAUUUCGAAUCGCAGUGCAGAUGUUAGUUAAGAGUGAUAUGAGAGAAGGUUGUCGUGCAAUGUUAUACGAGAAGGAUGAGAAUCCCAAAUGGAAUCCUCCAACGCUACAGGAAGUUUCAAUGCAAGACAUUGAAAGAUUCUUCCAACCAGUACCUAAUAAUGAAGAGCUUGAAUUUGAAGCACCACAUAAUGAGUUCAGCACUUUAGUUAAACAACAAUUUUCCUCGCCUUAUAUUAAGAUAUCCGAAACAGGAAAUGCAGGGAUUAUCACUAUUGAUAGGCUACAAGCUAAAAAUGCUUUCGAGCAUACAAUGCCAAACGUAAUUUACGAUGCGAAUAAAAAUUUAGAAAACAAAAAGAAAAUUGUUAUCAUUAAAAGUGCAUCAGCCGACAUUUUUUCUGCUGGUGGUGAUAUUAAGUUAAUUGCUGGCGAUAUCAUGGAAAAUGUUCAGAGUGGGAUAGGAGCGGCUUUUCGAAGUUAUUGUUUGAUAUCAAAAUAUAAAAUUCCUUACAUAACAAUUUUCAGUGGAGUGACAAUGGGAGGUGCUUCAAUGUUUGUGACAAGCUCAAGAUAUCGUGUUGCUACUGAGAAAACUGCUUAUGCAAUGCCUGAAGCUCAAGUUGGAUUUGUAAACGAUUCGUGUUCAAGUUUUUUUCUAUCAAAACUUGAGAAUAAUGUUGGGAUCUACAUGGGAAUGACGGGAGUGCAGAUGAAGGGAUAUGAUGUUAAGAAGAUCGGAAUCGCAUCACAUUAUGUUGAAUCUAAACAUUUAGCAGACUUGGAACAAUGUCUGACAGUUUGUGAAAAUCAUGAAGAUGUAAAAAAUGUUUUAGAUGACUUUUCUUCCAAACCUUCUCAUGUUCUAACACCAUUAGAUGAAGAUUUGAUUCGAAUUAAUAAAUGUUUUGCUGAAUCAACAGUUGAACAAAUAUUGGAAAAUCUUCAUGAGGAUGGCAGUGAUUGGGCUGUAAAAACUUUGAAAAUUCUUCGUAGAAAUUGUCCAACAAGUGUUAAAGUCAACCAUCGUCUCUUAAAUCGAGGUCGCUCUAUGACAAUUGAAGAUUGUGCCAGAAUGGAAUGGCGACUUUGCAUGCGUUUUGCUCGAAGAAAUGAUUUAAAUGAAGGUGUUCGUGCUUUUUUGGUCGAAAGAGACAUGAAACCUAAGUGGAAUCCUCCAACUAUUGAAAAGGUGACUGAAGAUCAGUUAUCAGAUCUUUUCAGUCUGCUUUCCGAGGAUGACGAAUUAACAUUUGAAAUUGACAGAACUGGUUGUUAUGCAAUUUAUUUCAGCGCUAUUUACGAAGCUUUAAAAGAUCUGGAAAGCAAGAAAAAAGUUGUCGUGGUAAAAAGUGCUUCUGAUGAAGUUUUUUCUGCUGGUGGUGACAUGAAAGAUAUUUUGUCAGGAACACUUGAGAUGAUUAAAGAUGCAAUUGCUUCUGCUUAUCGAGGUUUUCAUUUAACUUCAACCUACAAAGUUCCAUACAUUGCUUUUAUCAGUGGAUCAACAAUCGGUGGGGGUGCAGCUUUCGCGAUAGGUGCAGAAUAUCGCGUCGCUACUGAGAAAACAAUUUUCACAAUGCCAGAGGCUCAAGUUGGAUUUGUUAACAGUUCAUGUUCUAAUUAUUUCUUAUCGAGAUUGGAAAAUAAUGUUGGAAUUUACAUGGGAAUGACGGGGGUACAGAUGAAAGGAUAUGACGUGAAAAAAAUCGGCUUGGCAUCGCAUUUUGUUGAAUCUAAACACUUAACUGACUUGGAGCAAUGUUUGACAGUUUGUGAGAAUCAUGAAGAUGUCAAAAACGUUUUAGAUGACUUUUCAUUUACACUCUCUGAUACUCAAACAAGACUUGAUGAAGAUCUUGACCGCAUUAAUAAAUGUUUUGGUGGAUUAAGCGUUGAACAGAUAUUACAAAGCUUACAUGAAGAUGGAAGCGAGUGGUCAAAGGAAACGAUGAGAGUUCUUCGAAAUAAUUCUCCAACAAGUGUUAAAGUAAAUCACCGCAAUUUAAAUCUGGGACGUUACUUGCCAGUUGAAGAUUGUGCGAGGAUGGAAUGGCGUCUUUGUGUUCACUUUGCAUUAAGAAGUGAACUCAGAGAUGGUGUUCGUUCAUUAUUAAUUGAUAAAGGUGUGAAACCUAAAUGGAAUCCAUCAACAAUCGAAGAAGUUUCUGAUGGUGAACUUUCAGUUUUCUUCAGUCCAUUACCCGAUGGUGAUGAACUGAAAUUUGAAAUCAAACGAAGCACUCAAGAACAGACCUCAAAAAUUCUUUUUGUUUUAACGAUGGUACUUCAAAGGUUCAACAGUGUUUUAUUAACAUGUUUUAAGCAUCCAAAUUGGGCAAGCGUCAUGACGACUCGAAGUCUUUGUUCUGCGAGCUCAACAGUUAUUGUUGAAGAAAAAGGAAAUGCUGGUGUGAUUACACUUAAUCGAGAGAAGGCAUUAAAUUCCAUUAACAUUGAUAUGAUAACGCGACUCAACGCAGCACUUCGUGACUUUGAACCCAGGAAAAAUUUGGUGAUAAUUAAAGGUGCUGGAAAAAAAUGUUUUUGUUCUGGCAAUGACAUCAGAGCUGUUGUGGAAGGAUCAUUUAGUCAUGCAAAAGAAUUAAGUCGUCGAGAAAAUCGAACAGUUGAUCUAAUUGGAGGUUACAAGAAGCCUUACAUCGCUCUUAUCGAUGGCAUAACAAUGGGUGGUGGUGCUGGUUUAUCAGUUCUUGGAAAAUACCGAGUGGCAACAGAAAAAACAGUUUUUGCAAUGCCUGCUACAGGAGUUGGGUUGUUCCCUGAUGUUGGCGGUGGAUAUUUCCUUCCCCGGAUGUCUGGAAAUAUUGGAAUCUAUUUGGGUUUAACAGGUUUCCGAUUGAGAGGUCGAGAUGUUCAGAUGGCUGGUGUUGCAACUCAUUUUGUUGACAGUUCACAUAUUGGAGAGCUUGAAAAUGAUUUGUACAAUUGCAAGAAUUCGAAUGACAUUGAUGAAACUCUUUACAAAUAUUCGUCAUUGUCGAAAGAUAACAGCGAAUUUGUCCUCAAACCUCAUCUUAAACAAAUCGAAAAAUAUUUUGGUAAAGACACUGUUGAAGAUAUUGUCAAAGCUCUUCAUUCAGAUGGUAGCGAAUGGGCCAUUUCAACACUCAAACUCAUCAGUAAAUUGUCACCAACAUCAUUGAAAAUUACUCUUCGUCAACUGCAACUUGGGAAAAUAAUGACAUUGAGGGAAUGUCUUCGAAUGGAGUAUAGAGUCAAUAUACAUUGUUGCAUGGGCAGUGAUUUCAAGGAAGGCGUUCGUGCUUUAUUAAUCGAUAAAGAUCAGAAGCCAAAUUGGAAACCUGAUAUCAUUGAAAAAGUCAAACAACACUUUUUCUUUAUUUUUUUUAAAGCGUUUAUCACGAUGGUGAUUCAAAGGUUCAACAGUGUUUUAUUAGCUUGUUUUAAACAUCAAAGGUUUGCAAGUGUUAUGACGACCCGCAAUCUUUGUUCUGCAAACUCAACAGUUCUUGUUGAAGAAAAAGGAAAUGCUGGCGUGAUUACACUUAAUCGAGAGAAGGCAUUGAAUUCCAUUAACCUUGAUAUGGUGUCGCAAAUCUACGCAGCACUUCGUGACUUUGAACCCAGGAAAGAUUUGGUGAUAAUAAAAGGAGCUGGUGAGAAAUCCUUUUGCGCUGGUGGCGAUGUCAGAGCGGUUGUUGAGGGAUCAAUUAAAGAUGGAAAAGAUUUUUUCCGUCAUGAAUAUCGAAAUAAUGAGUUGAUCGGUAGUUAUAAGAAGCCUUACAUCGCUCUCAUCGAUGGAAUAACAAUGGGUGGUGGUGUUGGUUUAUCUGUUCUUGGAAAAUAUCGAGUGGCAACAGAAAGAACACUUUACGCAAUGCCUGAGACAGCAAUUGGAUUAUUCCCUGAUGUUGGCGGUGGAUAUUUCCUCCCCCGAAUGUCUGGAAAUAUUGGAAUCUAUUUGGGCUUAACAGGUUUCCGAUUGAGAGGUCGUGAUGUUCAGAAGGCUGGUGUUGCAACGCAUUUUGUUGACAGUUCACAUAUUGGAGAGCUUGAAAAUGAUUUGUACAAUUGCAAGAAUUCGAAUGACAUUGAUGAAACUCUUUACAAAUAUUCUUCAUUGUCGAAAGAUAACAGCGAAUUUGUCCUCAAACCUCAUCUCAAGCAAAUCGAAAAAUAUUUUGGUAAAGACACUGUUGAGGACAUUGUCAAAGCUCUUCAUUCAGAUGGUAGCGAAUGGGCCAUUUCAACACUCAAACUCAUCAGUAAAAUGUCACCAACAUCAUUGAAAGUUACUCUUCGUCAAUUGCAACUUGGAAAAACGAUGACAUUGCGUGAAUGUCUUCAAAUGGAAUAUAGACUUGCUGCACAUUGCUGCAUGAGCAGUGAUUUCAAAGAAGGUGUUCGUGCUUUGUUAAUCGAUAAAGAUCAGAAGCCAAAUUGGAAACCUGAAAUCCUUGAAAAAGUUAAACAAGAUUACGUCAAUCGAUUUUUUGCACCUCUUCCAGACAACGACGAAUUGACGUUUGAACUAUCAAAGUUGUGAGCAUGAAAGCCUUUAAAAAGUGAACCAAGUUCGACAAAUAUGCAUUUAUAUCAUUUUUACAUAGUGAAGUUUUCAAAGAAAUAAAAUAUUAACAUUUUCAUAUAAAAUCGAAGGCAUUUCUUUAAUUGAAGCUUAAAUUCUGAGUUGGUU